CCGGUUCAACCCUCAACACGAACUCGAAUUCGAACUCGAAUUCGGAUUGACUUGGGGCUGUCUCGUAGUCUGUGAAGUUUCGAUGGUAUGAUACUCGAGUAGUCUAAUACGAGUACGAAUCCUCUUUCCAAUACGCCUCACCUUGUGCUAUUUUGCCAAUUCUAAGGUUAGCCCGCGAAACCUGGACAACUUCACUCAAUUCAUCUUACAAGAGCUUCGCUUGCUCCAAAAUGCCUUCCUUUUUAAGUGUCGAUGGACCCUACUUUCGCGACGAGCAUAAUCGUCAAGUAACUCUUCGUGGCGUUAAUGUUGCUUCGGACGCGAAAAUGCCGACGAAGCCAAACUUGCUUUCUCACGUAUUGGAGGGCUUUUUUGAUGGUGAUAACGUUAGCUUUGUCGGUCGGCCAUUUACACUUGAGGAUGCGGAUGUACACUUCCGGAGAUUGCGGAAUUGCGGUUAUAAUGUAAUCCGUUACAUUUAUACUUGGGAAGCCAUUGAAGCGCGGGGCCCUGGUAUCUACGAUGACGAAUGGAUCGAGAGUACAGUUGCUAUGCUGAGAAAGGCAAAAGAGUAUGACUUUAUGAUAUUUAUGGAUUCUCAUCAGGACGUGUGGUCUCGCUUUUCUGGAGGCUCGGGCGCUCCCAUGUGGACCUUAUACGCCAUGGGGUUGAAUCCGCAAACCUUUGAUGUAACGGAGGCUGCUUUGGUACACAAUACCUGGCCAGACCCUGCUACCUUUCCCAAGAUGAUAUGGUCCACGAAUUAUCAACGAUUGGCAUGCCAAACUAUAUUUACAAUGUUCUUCGCUGGCCGCGACUUUGCUCCUAAAUGUAUUAUUGACGGCAAGAACAUCCAGGAUUAUCUCCAGGAGCAUUUUAUUAGUGCUGUUGCCUAUCUUGCAAAGAAGAUACACGAGGCAGGCGAUUUGGAGGACACAACCGUUAUUGGCUGGGAGUCGUUAAAUGAACCCAAUCGUGGAUUAAUUGGGUAUCAAAGGCUUGAUGUUAUUCCACCUGAACAAAAGCUCCGGAAAGGCACAUCGCCCACGGCGUGGCAAGCAAUUUUGACUGGAAGUGGGAGGGCGUGUGAGAUUGACACAUGGGACUUUGGCGGAACUGGGCCUUAUAAAACCGGGAGUGCCCUUGUUGAUCCGGAAGGGGUGCAAGCAUGGCUUCCGGCAGACUAUGACGAUUCCCGCUAUGGAUGGAAGAGGGAUCCCGGCUGGAAAUUAGGCGAGUGUAUUUGGGCACAACAUGGCGUCUGGGAUCCGGCAACGGAUACGAUUCUUAAAAAUGAUUAUUUUGGCAAGAUGCCGAAUGGUGAACUGCUUAGUCCUGAGAAGUUCACUGAAACAUACUUUUUGGAUCAUUACCGGAAGUAUGCCGCGGCCAUAAGAUCAAUACAUAAAAGUACCAUAAUGUUUUGCCAGCCACCCGUUUUCGAGAUACCACCUGUCAUCAAGGAUACGCCCGAUGCCCAUGGUAGGAUGGUUUAUGCACCACAUUUUUAUGAUGGGAUCACACUCAUGACGAAAAAAUGGAACCGACUUUGGAACAUUGAUGUUCUCGGUGUUCUCAGAGGACGAUAUCUAGCGCCAGGCUUUGCGCUGAAGAUCGGGGAGACUGCUAUCCGGAAUUGCCUUCGAGAUCAAUUGAAGGCUAUGAAACAGGAGGGUGUAGACAACAUGGGGUUGACCCCGUGCGUAUUCACCGAGAUAGGAGUUCCUUAUGAUAUGGACGAUAAAUAUGCGUACAAAACUGGGGACUAUAUCUCCCAAAUCAGAGCAAUGGACGCAAAUCACUAUGCUCUAGAAGGAGCGCAGGUUGGGUUUACCUUGUGGACGUAUUGUGUAGAGAAUAACCAUGAAUGGGGUGACCAAUGGAAUGGCGAAGACCUAAGUAUCUUCUCGCUGGAUGAUCGCCCUCCAAAUAGCUCUGCAACAACAAACGACUCCACCACGAUCGUAGAUGAUACAAACCUCAAACGAGCUCUCACUACAUCAACAAUGUCAACCACUCGUACAGAUCUGCAGAAGGUUACUCCCGACGCUGUUGCCGCUGGUUCUCGUGCGGCAGAGGCAUUCGUCCGUCCCUCCCCAGUCUACACAGCAGGCACUAUAGUCGAGUCUGGCUUCACCCUAUCGAGCGCAACCUUCGACCUCAAGCUUGUAGCCGGGAAGAGCACAGAGGAAACCACGCCGACAGAGGUGUUUGUCCCGCCAUUCCACUUUCCUAAAGACGGUACAGCUGUCACUGUCAGCGGUGGUAAGUGGGAAUACGACACCGAAAGGAGCGUUCUAAGAUGGUGGCACGCCGAGGGCGAACAAUGGAUUAAAAUCAUCGGUGUAGGGAGAAUGAGCGCCGAUUAUGACGAUGAAGGGUAUGCUGAGACUUGCAAAAGAAAUUAUAGAGCUUGCAUCGUUAUGUGAUCCGAAAUCUUAGAGAUUGAGGGUGAAUCGGGUCCCUGUUUCUUUGUCGCAUGUCAAUCGAGUUUCUGUUGCGGUUUGUGCGGGUUUCUGUGCAUUAUGGGCGGCACUGUACCACCACUUUUUAAUUUUGGUAUACUUCUUUCUACUGUCUGAUCAUUUUGGUCCUGCUUAGUUUCAAUGCUUGAUUCCUUGUCAAACAAUGGCAAAUUCACCAGAAUAUAAUAUACCCUCUUUCUCUUCACAAA